AUGAAAACAAACCAUUGUUUGUCUUCCAAGUUUCUUUCUUUUGGAGGAGGUGAUGAACAUCAAGCAUCUGUCUCUUAUGAUGAUGAUGUCAAUGGCCACAAAGUUCACAAGAAUCAAAGUGUAGUGGUGGUACAACACAGAAUGAAGGAGAAUGGUGAUAGUACGAGUUCUUCUUCAUUGCCACACACCUUGUCGAUACAGGAGGAGGAAGAAGAGAUUGAAGAGGAUUAUGAUUCUUUUCCCUUCCAUUUCGUGAUGCAAUCGGAUUCCAUGUCCAUGGUCAUGGAUUCACCACCUCCUUUUGACACUCACCUGACCUCAACAACGACUUCUUUUCAGGAACCAACCACUUCUUCCAGCAUUUCUUCUUCCUCUUCACCCACAAGUACCAACAACAACAACACCACAAAACGAGCAUAUAUUCGAAAAUCUGUGAAUACUCGUUGUGUCAAUUGUUCGACAUGCACCACACCCAUGUGGAGAAAAAAUCAUGAAGGAAAACCUUUAUGUAACAAGUGUGGACUCUAUGCAUUGAGAUAUGGCAUCGAUCGACCACUUGUUCCAACUCUCAAAUCUGGACGAAAAAGGAAAUUGAGUGAAGAAGGAACCAAGUCUUUCGUUUCAUCUCAUCAUCAUGGUGAAAAUUCAGAAGAUUUCCUUCUGGAUGAUUCGAAUAAGAAGAAGAAGAAGAAGAAACAGCAUGGUCGAAGGAUGGAUGAACACAGCGUGUGCCUCCAUUCGAAUUUCAUUCCAACAACAAAUUCUCAACAACUGUCAUCAUCAUCCGUUACAAGCACCACAACCACAACCUCAAUAACUUCAAGUUCUUCAAACAAAGACCAAAAUUCAAAGCAUCACAAAGCUGAAGAAGCAAUCGUUGUUGGAGGAUGGUCCUCACUCUCAGAAUUGAAAGAUCGUUUGAAAGAGGCCUCUGAAAGAUAUCCUGAUAUUAUUCACACCAUGAUUUCAAUCAUUCGAAAACUUGUAGUCACACAACCUCAAGUGGAGUCUCAAUUAUUACAAAAACAAUUAGCUUUUCAUGGAAAUUUAGAGAAUAAUCAUCAAGCUUGUGAACCAUACAUGCAAGAUGCAUUCCAAGAGAAUUGUUGCUUUUUGGAAAUGAAUUCAUUGAAAUGA